UCUUAUAUUUUACUUGAUCAGGUCAAAAUAUGGAAACUAGUUAUAUAUCUAUUCUACGUGCUCAAGCGGGAAAACUUUCUGAUCAUGAUUUCAUAACAACAGUCACUUCAGAAAAUUCAAAUAUUUUUGAAAGGAGAGUUGCUGUUCCAGAAAAGUUGGAGUUUUCUACAGUAACAGAUGAGUUGUUACAGGAUAUAGUAAUGGAAUUAAUUACAAAUGAAACAAAUAAAAUGAUUCAAAAUGAUGUCAGAUGGGAAACAUUUUUAGAAAAGUCAUCAGAGGAAAUUUUUUCAGCACUUUUAGAAUCAUUAUUAUUAAUAUUUUUAAGUGAAAUUUGCAUUGAAGUAUUUACAACUGAAAAGGAAGAAAAGCAGUUAUUAUUUGAAGCAAAAGAAAUAGAGAGAAAAACAAUAGAAGUUGAAUGUUUGCAUCUUACUGAAGAAGUGGUUGUUGAAGAAGCUGAAAAAAUUUCAAGAAAUAUCUACAUGGAUAUUAAAACAAAAUGUUUAGAAAUUAUUGGACAAAAUCUAUAUCAUGAUAUAAUCUCUGAAAUUUUAACAUCUGAGAUUUUUGAUAUUGCUAAUGAAAUUCAUUAUAAAGAAAUGGAAAUAAAGAGAAAUAUGCUCAAAGCAAUACAAGAAGAAAUGAAAUUAAUUCGUAUUCGUAAAGUACUUGACAGGUAUGAAUAA